AUGGACGGUGAUGAUGAUUUGGAUCUGUUGGCCUCCCUCCUGGAAGAAAGUGAGGCCACUGAGGAGAGGAGUUCUCCUGAGGGGAAAAAUGCUCUAGAGGAUGAGGAGGCAGAACCAGAUGAAUACGACGAGCUCUUUGAUGCAGAAGAUGAUGCUUCCUAUACUGAGGAGGUGGAUACUGAGGACAGCAGGAUUGAUGAGCAGAAGGAGAACCUGGCUGUGCUGUUUGGAGAUGUAGAUGACCUGCUGGAAGAGGAGGCAGCAGAAGAAAAUGUUCCCGCUUCAGCUACCAGUCAGACAGAAGAGAAGACCAACCAAGAACUGCAAGCCGAGCUGAGAAAAUUGCAAGAACAGAUGAAGACGUUACAGGAGCAGUUGCAAAAGACUGCUAUUGGGCAGCAAUCCAAUUCAGGCCCUGAGAAGAAAACCCCUGGUAAAACUCCCUGUCCACCCCAAAAGGAAAGGAAAGUUCAGAAACUGCAAGAGUCACCAUGUUUCUCAGCUCAGCUGGGCAAUCCUUUACCACUAGCCAAGCGAGGAAUCCAGAAAUCAAAAGCAUCCUCAGCAGAGAACAAGACUCCUUCUCCACAACAAGUCCUCAGCCUGGCAUUCCAGCCUCUCAAGUCUGCUGCAGGGAACACCCCCAGUAAGGUGACCAGAGAGAAGACUUCACACAUGCCUUCGUGCUCCAGUGCAACCACUCAGCCGGUAUCUGUGGAAACCUUCUCAGGACUGAGGUUAAGAAAACCCCGUGUGUCCUCAGCUGAGAUGGACAGGAAAAUGACAAACCGGAAGCUCAUCCGACUGUCCCAGCUGAAGAGCAAACUUGCUGCAGAAAAUCUGGAGGAAAUAGACUGGGUAACAUUUGGAGUCAUAGUGAAGAAGAUCACUCCUCAGAGUGCAAAUAAUGGCAGAACCUUCAGCAUCUGGCGGCUGAACGACCUUCGGGAUCUCGGUCAGUGUGUCUCACUCUUCUUGUUUGGUGAUGUCCACAAAGAGCACUGGAAGACGGAGCAAGGCACAGUCAUUGGGCUGCUCAAUGCUAAUCCUAUGAAGCCUAAAGAAGGCUCAGAUGAGGUGUGUUUGUCUGUCGACCAUCCCCAAAAGAUCCUCCUCAUGGGUGAGGCUCUGGACAUGGGCACCUGCAAAGCCAGGAAGAAGAAUGGUGAUCCUUGUGCACAGAUCGUGAACCUGAACGACUGUGAGUAUUGUCAAUAUCAUGUACAAUCUCAGUACAAGAAGCUCAGCUCGAAGCGGGCGGAUCUGCAGGCCACCUUCUCUGGGGGCCGCAUUCCCAAGAGAGUUGGUCGGAAAAAUCCCAGUUUGAAGGAGAGGCUGUGUCAAGAUGGGUUUUACUAUGGAGGUGUCUCUUCAGCAGCAUAUGCAGCCUCAGUUGCAGCAGCUGCAGUACCAAAAAAGAAGAUUCAAACCACUCUCUCCAAUCUGGUCGUGAGAGGAGUUGAUGCAAUUGUCCAGGAAACCAGGCAGAAAAUUGGUGCAGCCAAGAGACCCAUGCCAUGUUCUGAGGAAUUCAAGGAACUGCUGGCACAGCCAACCUUUGGAGCACGAAACCUCUGCAAACACUGGACCAAAGCAGAUGCUGAAAAAAAACAUGGGGCCAAUUUCCAAUCUGUCUCUGCUUCAGCUCUGCUCAAGCAACAGAAACAGAAGUUGCUGGAGGCCAGAAAAAAGCGAUCUGAGGAGAUUCAGAGGCGGUUUCUCCAAAACACAAGUAAAGCUGGAAGCCCUGCUCUCCUAUCCUCCUCCAGACAGUCUGCUCUCCAUUCCCCAGUGCCUGGGGCUGAGUUUCCCAAAGCUGCAAAAAUAUCAAAUCCUCAAAGACCCAGGCUGGGCACAGGCUUUUCAGAAGGAGAAGAUAUCCUUUUCUUCGAUGGGUCUCCACCUCCAGCACCAAAGCUAGACAGCUUGGCAGAAGCCAAAAAGCUGGCUGCCAUACACCGACUGCGAGCAAAAGGUCAGGUUCUUGCUAAAACUGACCCAAACAGUGUCAAGAGGAAAAGAGCUGAUGUUGAUGAUGUGCUAGAAAUUGUGCAAAGAGUUGAGAAAAAUGUUGCUCAGCCACAAGAUAUGGAUGAACUGGAACCUGCUCAAAAGAAGCAGCGUGAGCAGCUGGCCUAUCUGAAGUCAGAAGAGUUCCAGAAAAUCCUGAAUGCCAAGUCCAAGUACACAGAUGUCCUGAAAGAGGCUGAGGCUGAGCUGCAGGAGCAAUACUUUCAGCCACUGGUGAAAAAGGAAGAAAUGGAAGAGAAGAUGAGGAACAUUAAAGAACUAAAAUGUCGAGUUGUGACUUGUAAAACGUGUAACUACACCUAUUUCAAGCCUCUGGAGACCUGUGUGCAGAAUAGCCACGACUACCACUGGCAUGAGGCCAUCAAGCGGUUUUUCAAAUGUCCCUGUGGAAGCAGAGCUAUUUCCCUUCACAGGCUCCCACAAAAGCCCUGCAGCACCUGUGGUCUCUUCAAGUGGGAACGAGACGGGAUGCUCAAGGAGAAAAAAGGUCCGAAGAUUGGUGGAGAAACACUUUUACCAAGAGGAGAGGAACAACCAAAAUUUCUCAAUAGUCUUAAGUGA